AUGAAACUGGGUCUGUCAGAAAAGGCAACCAAUAUGAUUAAACGUGCCAUUACAGCAUGCUCACUGGAUGCAUAUGUUAUUGCCAAUGUUCCUGGUUUAACUUAUGAGGAUAUGACACCUGGCCAUUAUGAUGAUUGGAUGGCGGUUAGAAGAUACCUUUAUUUACUGCUGACGUUAGUAUCAGUCAGUAGAAUGGUAGAAGCAGUUGAUUUGAAGUAUUUGAGUAAUUACAUUGUGAUGACAUGCGAUGCUGAAUUAGCAUCUUAUGAUGAAAUUGACGCUAAUAGUUUUUUCGAUAAUCGUCAACAAGGAGGACACCUUGAUACUCGGAAACGGGUAAUUAGUGUUGAUUUCAGUCCUAUGGAUGAUGAAGACCUCAAUAGACGCAGAGAACAAAUUCGGUACAUAGAUCUGGUGAUCCGUAAAAUCAUUAGACAACUUCCACUGCCACAUUACAUGUUAAUAAUUACCGGAGACACUACAGGUUUUACCCAUCCUCAUCCUGAUAUAAUGAUGCAAGAGAAUCCUGAACAGUUUGAAAUAUUUAAUGAUCUUGUGAAUGAUCCUGAAAGAGAUACGGAGAAGGAACGGAACCAAUACCAGUAUAGACCUGUUGCCCCACAAUGGAACGAUUUAAAGCCCAGUGAUUCCCGUGUUCAACGGAAUCGCCUUAAGGAUGAAAUUCACAUAUUUGAGUUCAAGGCUUGGGAAGAAAGAGCUGGGUUAUUAUUUUUGGUUCUAUUGGCAGCCUUAGCUAUGGGUGCACUUAAAAGUUUCAAUUGGUAUCGUAAAUACAAAGGCGAAUAG